AUGGCUGGUCCAUCAGCUCCUGCUGUCCUUGCCAAAGGCAUGAAGCAUCUCGACCUGGACGGUCACGACCUGCCUCCAUCGCCCGCUCCGUCGAGCCCAAGCAAUGGCCGUAAAUAUGCUCUCGCCACCGAGCUGGUGUACACGGAGAGCGGUGACCAGUACAACAGCUCUAGCAUGCCCAUCUAUCAGAGCGCCACUUUCAAAGGUGGUCCAGGACAGGAAUAUGAUUACUCGCGUAGUGGGAACCCUACGCGUACGCAUUUGGAGAGGCACAUGGCCAAGAUUAUGAAUGCCAAUCGGGCGUUGGUCGUGAGCUCGGGAAUGGGUGCUUGCGAUGUCAUUACUCGCAUCCUCAAGCCCGGUGACGAGGUCGUGACGGGCGACGAUCUCUACGGCGGCACCAACAGGCUGUUGACGUAUUUGAAAGAGAACGGAGGCAUCAAUGUCAAGCACGUGGAUACCACGAAGCUGGACGUGGUCAAGGCAGCGUUGAGCAGCAAGACCACCAUGGUGCUGCUCGAAACACCUACCAAUCCUCUGAUAAAGAUCGUGGAUAUAUCUGGUAUUAGUUCCGCCGCCCACGAGGCCAACACAGACUGCUAUGUAGCAGUAGACAACACCAUGAUGUCUCCUUACCUACAGAACCCUCUGGACCUUGGUGCGGACGUGACAUACGAGAGUGGCACGAAAUACCUGUCUGGACAUCACGAUGUCAUGGCCGGCAUCAUCGGCGUGAACAGUGCGAGCCUGGGAGACAAGUUUUACUUCAUGAUCAACUCAACUGGCUGCGGGCUUGCACCCUUCGACUCCUGGCUUCUGCUCCGCGGAGUCAAGACCCUGGCUGUGCGCAUGGAGAAGCAGCAAGCUAACGCUAUGGCAAUUGCAGAAUUUCUUGAGAACCACGGUUUCAAAGUCCGCUACCCAGGUCUGAAGUCCCAUUCUCAAUAUGCACUGCACUGGUCUCAAGCCCGUGGCGCUGGAGCCGUACUGUCCUUCGAGACUGGCUCGAUCAAUCUUUCCGAGCGCAUAGUCGAAAGCACGAAACUUUUCGGCAUCUCAGUCUCUUUCGGCUGCGUCAACAGUCUAAUCAGCAUGCCCUGCCGCAUGAGCCACGCGAGUAUCGACCCAGCUACGAGGAAAGAGAGAGCGCUGCCAGAGGAUAUCAUCAGGUUGUGUGUAGGUAUCGAGGACCUGACGGAUUUGGUCGAUGACUUGAGUCAGGCACUCGUGAGGGCGGGAGCGGUCAGGUUGACAAGCGAGGGGUUUGAGGCAUUGAGUGUUGCUGAGGGAGAGACGGGCAGGACGACACAGGUUGUUGACGAGCCGUAG